AUGGGGCAGGUGAUGUGUGGUGAGGCUCAGGUGAUGGGGCAGGUGAUGUGUGGUGGGGCUCAGGCGAUGGGGCAGGUGAUGUGUGGUGAGGCUCAGGCGAUGGGGCAGGUGAUGUGUGGUGAGGCUCAGGCGAUGGGGCAGGUGAUGUGUGGUGGGGCUCAGGUGAUUGGGCAGGUGAUGUGUGGUGGGGCUCAGGUGAUGUUUGGUGAGGAUGGCGAUGGGGCAGGUGAUGUGUGUUUGGCCUCUGCGGGGAUGCAGUCAGGUCCUGCUGGUUCGCCUGGUCCAAAGCUCCUCAUACUGCUGCGCCUCUCAGAGGAUCAAACUGACCCCAGCUCCUGCCGCCUCCACUCUUUAGUUGUGGUUGGGAUACAAUCGCACUACCCAGCCAAAGAGAGGCGCCAACUCACCCAGCGGACAACUGCCUCCCCCCAGAUAAAGAAACGCAGACUUGAAUCUGAGGAUGCUCCUGAAACCUGUCAGCCUGCCUGUGAGGCCGAGCCUGCUACACCAAAAUUUCGAGAUGCCCAGACCCAAUGGGAGGAUCCGUCACAUGUUGACCACACGUACUGUUCAACAACACCGUCCGUUAAAGUAGACAAGGCCACACAGUGCGAGGCAGAAAUGGGUCCUACUGUGACUAGCACCACGGUCAUUGAUGAUGCUAGGUCCCGGCUGUAUACAGGAGUGCGUAUGGUUCAAUUUUUCACCCUAGUGACGGUGUUGUUGCCUUUCAGUAAGCCAUCAAUUACCCUUCCUGUUGUUGACCAAAUCCUAAUGACCUUGAUUAAGUUAAAACUAAACCUAAUAUUAGGAGAUAUUGCUCACCGCUUCAAUGUGUCUACAUCCAUGGCAAGCAUUGUGAUUAGUCACUGGAUUGACGUGAUGGGUGAACAGUUCAAAGUCCUGAUCCCAUGGCUUCCAAGAGAGACCAUUCGUGCCACCAUGCCCUUGUCGUUUCAGAGGAACUACCCUCGAACCACCUGCAUCAUCGACUGUGCCGAAAGUGCCAUGCAGAGAGCCACAAACCAUGACUCAAGGAGUGACACUUUCAGCCAAUACAAAUCACGCAACACUGUGAAAUAUCUCGUCGCUGUGGCCCCUAAUGGGCUUAUCAUGUUUAUAUCUGACGCCUAUGCUGGCAGAAGCAGCGAUAAGUUUAUCACCAUGGACAGUGGGUUUCUAGACUAUCUGAGGGCUGGUGAUGAGGUCAUGGCGGACCGUGGGUUCACCAUUCGAGACUUGCUUGAUGAGAGAAGGGUCAGUUUGAACAUCCCUGCAUUCACCUACAGGCGCAAUCAGUUGACAAAUGAGGAGACGACACGCACCAGGCGAGUAGCCAAUGUCCGCAUACACGUGGAAAGAGCAAUCCAGAGACUGAAGGUCUUUAAGAUUUUAUCCCAGACCGUUCCCAUCAGCAUGGCACCGAAACUGGACAACAUCUUAACCAUCUGUGCUGGCCUAGUUAACCUGAAGAGUCCACUGAUUAGAGUGCCUCGUGAGGUUUAGAAUCUUGCCUUAUGUCCCAGUCUACCAACACCCAGCCAUGUUGUUCAUUAAAUACAGAUAAACACAAUAAAUACUGCAUGCAUUGUAUUUUUUUAAUAUUAUAUAUGAAUAUUUUUAUAGUGAUGUA